GUGGAAAUUCGGGACAGAGACACCUAUGAUGGAUGUUACGACUCCCUCUACUGGUAUUGUUCCAGUGGAUACUGUGGCUACACCUCCACAAGUCAGAGAGGCACACUGGACAGCAGCACCAGUGCUCCACUCUAUAACAAUCAAUGGUGUGAAGCUGAAACCGUCACCACGCGGGUCAUCCCGAGCAACAGACCUUUUGAAAUGCGACUGAUCGGUUGUGGGCUCUCAGAGACUGACUGUGAAGUCGUGGCCUCAGCUCUGAAGUCCAACCCCUCCCAUCUGACAGAGCUGGACAUAAGUCUGAACAAACUGCAAGAUUCAGCAGUGAAGCUUCUGUGUGCUGGACUGGAGAGUCCAAACUGUCAACUGGAGACUCUGAGAUUGGAGCGCUGCUGGUUGUCAGAUAUCAGCUCUAUGGGUUCAGCUCUGAAGUCCAACCCAUCCCACCUUAAACAUCUGGACCUGAGUCACAACGUCAACCUGCAGGAUUCAGGAUUGAAGCAGCUGUGUGGUUUUCUGCAGGGUUCACUGUGUACACUGGAGACGCUGAUAUUGGAUGACUGCAGUUUGUCAGAUGUCAGUUCUCUCGCCAUCGCUCUGAAGUCCAACCCCUCCCAUCUUAAAGAUCUGGGUCUGAGCUGGAACAGUCUUCAGGAUUCAGGAGUGGGAAAGCUGUGUGGUUUCCUAGAGAGGCCAGACUGUAUGCUGGAGUCUUUGAGGUCAGUCACCAUGUUGUUCUUGUAGUGAUAUGCAUAUGAU